AUGUAUACUUACGGCGUAGAAGGAGAUGAUACAUAUUUACCUCAAGCCCAAUAUCCUUCUCCCUAUGAAAAUCAAUAUCAACAAGAUGAAGACUCACCAAGUCCAAGAGGAGAAAAUCAUACUCCAUUUAUAGGUUAUUUUAGUUCUCAUUUAUUAAGAACGGGUUUUUUUUUACAAUGUGUAUCCUUAGUAUUAAUGUUUGUAUUUUAUUGGGCAUUUGGAGGAACGGGUAUAUUUGUAUUUGAUUUAUAUGCAGGUCCAGAAUGUGUUAAGGUUUCAAGUUCUUUUCAUUUGACUAUAUCUAUAUUAAUGGCAAUAUAUUUAUUAGGUACAUUAUACAUAGCCAUGUUUCAAGUUUUUGUAGCAGAUAAUAGUAAAUGGUGUCGAGGAUUUAGAGCUGGGUCUAAAUUAUUAUCAGCAGCUGUGACUUUAGAUCUUUUAUCUUCUAUAUUAAGAUUAGUUCAAUAUUUAUAUGCAUAUUUUUAUAUGAGUAUGAGAUGGUGGGCACGAUAUCAACAAACAAAAUCAGACUGGACCUUAUUACAUUUUGGCAGCAUUGUGCACAGCUUUGCUUUAUUUAUUUAUGGAGCUGCUUUUUUUUACAUGGAAGCUUACCACGAUGAGGGUACCUACGAGGAGCUUGCUUGGUCCAAUCUAACCUUGUUCAAACUGGCCGGACUUGCAGAAUUGCUAAUGGUGUUUUCCGGUUUUGGAGCCUUUUUCUCGAUAUUGUUGUUGGGAGCAAUAAUGUGUGCGACAGUUUGGGCUUUUUCUUUUGAGCCUUUGUUAGAAAAAUGGUCUCCAGAAUUACACAGUAGAGAUAUUAAUGCAGAUGUUUUACCGGAAGUAAAAUAUGAUGGUGAACAGUGUGCAUAUAACGAAGAAAAUGUUUAUGAACCUUAUAAUGUAAACCCAGAAAAUAUCGAAUAUGGAGAAGAAAUGGUUCAACAAAAUAUGAAAGAAAAAUAUGUAAAUGGAAAUUCUUAUGAUCCAAAUAUAUAUGGACAAAAUAAUGGUAUACCAACCACCUAUGAUUAUUCACAGAUUGAAGGUCAAAUAAAGAAAAAUGCUGAAAUGGGUGUUUCUGAAAAUAAUUAUGUCAAUACUAGCCAAUAUUGA